CCUCAUGCACACUUGAGUAGCAUGGCCAGUUUUGUGCGUUUCUGCUCCCCUAUUUUGGGCAGCUUUUUGGGUGCACCUCUCAGCUCAGGCUACAGAGUGCCACAAUGCGUCUGGCAUAAAGGAUUUGGCCGGUGCUCAGUGCGUAGCAGCAGCUCUCAGGACACCAGCAGCGCAGGAGAAAAGGUUGUACUGCACAUUGUUAAUCAAGACGGCAUGAAAACCACUACACAAGUCACAGAGGGUGAAUCCCUGUUGGAUGUUGUCGUCAAUAAAAACCUGGACAUCAGUGGCUUUGGGGCUUGUGAGGGAACAUUAGCGUGCUCCACUUGCCACCUAAUUUUUGAUGAAAACAUUUAUAACAAACUGGGACCCAUAAUGGAUGAGGAGAUGGAUAUGCUUGAUUUAGCUUACGGGCAAACUAAAACAUCCAGGCUGGGCUGCCAGAUAAACAUACAGAAAUGGAUGGAUGGCAUGACUGUGCAUGUGCCCCAGGAGAUUAAAGACAGAAGAAGCGAGUAGUCACCAGUGAUUAUUCACUGAAGAACGUUUUCAAACAAAAUGUUAUCAGCAUCAGUAUGAACAAUAAUUAGGUUUUGUUAUAGAGCAAAAUGCUAAUAAUAUACAAUGAGUGGUCACUUUAUCAUGUACACUUAUCUAGUACUGGGUAGGACAUACUUUUGCCUCCAGAACCGUUUCAAGGGAAGACGAAUUGUGUGUUCUGAGAAGCCUAUCUACAGACCACUUUUAUAAUGAGCUGUUAUUUCUCAACGCAUGGCCUUCCUGUCAACUUUAAUGACCAUUUGUCUCCGACUGCUCUUAUUAACACCAUGUUAACAGGGUGUUUUUUGGCUACGAAAAUGCCAUUGAGAGCAUUGUUUUGUUCAUUAGGCCAUUCUUUCUAAACGUAAGAUACCGUAUUGCAUGAAAAUCUGAGAUGCUGGAGCCGCCACUUCUGACACCAGCAAUCACACCACAUUCAGAAACAUUUAGAUGGCAGAUUUUAGCCACUCUAAUGUUUAUUCAAAUGAUAGCUAAACCUUUUCACCUCGUCUGUGUGGUGCAGGUAUUCAGUCACAUAAUUUGCUAUUUGUAGUUUCACACUGUUCACGUCAACAAUCAUGUGUGCCUAAUAAACUGGCCACAGAGUAUACGUUUAAAAGUUAGGAAUAUUAUUAAUAUAUAGUACACAGCAUAAAUGAGUACACCCUCUACGAAAGCUAAAUAAGCUUAUAAAAUUAACGUUUUUACAAGUUAUAAAUGUAUUUAUUUUGCAAUAUGAUAAAAGGCUAUGUUGCGAAAAUGAGUCUAAAAUUCCGAAAUUAGUCUGUUGAGGCUAAUUACGGGUUAUUUGUCAAGAGAUCAGGCUCUCAAAAGUCAAUAAAAGUACUAGAAAACUGGCAAAUCAUUGAUUUCAAGCCAAAACAAAGUAGCACAAGUUGAAAGUUGAAAGUUUCGAACUUCAUACAUAGUCAUGCUGAGUACAGUGUGCAGUGAAAUGCACGGAUUCCUACCUCCAACAUUAGACACUGAGUAAAAUCACAAUAUCUAUUUUGUGCAAAAUUGGCAGUAAGUGGAGGUAGUGCAAGAGUCCAGAAAUAAAUAUGUAUAUGUGUAUUUAUAUAUCUAAAUAUGCAAGUUAAGUAGGCUGUUGCGUACGUUGGUGUGCGGGUUCUAAACACUGUCCUCAUUUAGGAUCUGCAUUGCCAAUAGAAGAAGCUCUUCCUCAGCCUUUCUGAGCUGGCUUUCAGGCCGACCUCAGCAGAUUGUUGGGGUUGCUGGGAUCCUUAAUAAUCUUUGUAGUCCUGGACCUGCAUCGUCUGGCCUAAAUGUUCUGGAGGUUGAGAAGGGCAGGUCUGAUUACGGCUGACCACACGGCUCUCUGCAGAGCCUUAUGAUCCUGCUGUGUUCUGUUCCCGAACCAGGCAGUGAUGUUCCCCGUCAGGAUGCUUUUGAUGAUGGGUCUGUAGAAAUUCUUUAGUCUUGGGAGGGACAGCCUGAAGUCCCUGAGAUGCCUAAGGUACUACAGGCAUUGAGGAGCCUUCCUAACUAAGGAGUCAGUGUGCAGGGACCAGGUCAGGUCCUUGGUUAUGUAAAUAUCAAGGUAUGUGAAGCUGCCAACACUUGCCACUAAAGCCCAUUCAAAGCUGACGUGGUGUUGGUCCCUUUGCACCCUAAAGCAGCCUGAAACAUUCAGGUCACCACUGCAAGCAGACACUAUGUUUUUGCUGGAAAAAAUUUGCAAAGCGAGUGCCCCUAAAACUGGCUGUGGAAAGCUAAACCGGAAUAAUUAUUUCAUCUCGUACAAUAAGACAGAUUUUGCACAGCGAGGGGCCAAUCUGAAGGGAGCCAAUCCUGGAGCCAAAGCACAAGAAUACCCAAAUACCAAAGGUACAUUAGCAAAGGGGAAAUCUUUCAUGAAUCUCUCAUCCGGCUGAGUGAGACCAAAUCAUCUUCUUGGAUCUGAUGGUGCCCAAAAGAUAUUGUGUCUCUCAGGGGAAGAGUAAAGCAACAAGCGCACGGUUCCCACAGUGAAGCAUGGCGCUGUUCGUGUUCUUACUGUAUAUGGGGAUGUAUGAAGGCUGAGAAUCUGUUUCAUUGAUGGCAUCAUGAAUUCACAGAUGUACUGCAAGAUCCUAAAAGACAAGAUGCUACCUUUUAUCCACAUCACAAGUUGCUGGACACUUUGUCAACACAACAAGGUCCCCAGACAUUCAUUGCUCCAUUCUUAAGCAAAUACAAAGCACAUGGGCCAAGUAUGUCAACCAACAACCUGACUGAGCACCUUUGGGAAAUUCUGAUUAGAUGCCACACAGCAUUAGUACUCAAUCAUCAAGACACUGAAGGAGGUCAUCCUGCAAGAGUGCUACAGGGUAGGCAGACAGCAUGCUAUGAAUUGGUACAGAGCUAUAAUAAGUAAUGUUGGACAUGCAAAAUACUAGAAUAUUAAAUAUUUGCAGUGUUUAACCAAUAGUGGAUUUAACAACAUACUUAAAUGCUGUCAUUGCUGAGUACAUAUUUAAUACAGUUAUUACCUUCCCAUGAAUUGUAAUAAUCAUUAUUUGGGAAUUCUGUUUUACAAGAUGUUCAAUCAUUUUUGAUGCAUAAUGUAAUAAAAAAAAAUCUCACGAUAAAAA